AUGACCCAGCCAUCCGCAAUCGAACUCACUCAGACGUUCCGUCACUCCACGAAUCUCUUCGACUUCGAAAUUCAAUGGACUUCACUCGGUGAUGCUUCCCUACCGCCACUGAUCUUUAUACACGGCACACCCUGGUCGUCGCGGGUGUGGCACAACUACGCGAAGUCACUAUCGCAGUAUUUCCAAGUCUAUUUAUUUGACAAUCCGGGAUUCGGGGUCAGCCCCUUGGGGAAGCCCAUUGCCGACAAGAAGGACUCGAUGAGCGCCAAGGAUCUUCUGGACGCGAAUCUGGCACAGCAGUCGCAAGUCUUUGCUGCUCUCUACAAGUCCUGGGAGAAGGACUGGCAAGGCGCCAAGGCACAUGUGGUCGCGCAUGACCAUGCUGGGAUCAUGAGCCUGAGGGCGCAUCUGCUGCACGCCUGUGACUACCGAAGCCUGUGUCUGAUUGAUGUCGUCGCGGUGGGCCCCUUUGGACAUCCACUGUUCAAGCUGGUGGCGGAGAACGAGCAUGUCUUCACGGCGCUGACAGGGCCGGUGUUUGAGGGUGUGGUGGAGUCGUACAUUCGGGACGCCGCGUUCCGUGCCCUUAACCGGGAGACCAUGGACAUGCUCAAGAGGCCGUGGAUCGAGAAUGAAGACGGGAGAAAGGGGUUCGUCCGGCAGAUGAUGCAGGCGCACAGUCGCAGCACCGACGGCUUGGAAGACAGAUACCACGAGGUCGGCUCUAAAUUGCCAGUGCUGGUGAUCUGGGGCAAGGAGGAUACAUGGUUACCUAUUGAGAUCGCAGGGAGGUUAAAAGACAAGCUGCAGGCGAAGAGAGUCGCGGUGAUCGAGGAUGCUGGCCAUUUAAUCAUGUAUGAUCAACCGGGAAGGUUGGGAGUGGAGCUCGGAUUGUGGUUAGCCAGUUUGGAAUAA